AUGCAAUUCUUCACAACUUUAUUAGUAACUAUUUACUGUUUAAUCUUACAAGUAUCAGCUGCUCCAGUUGAUAAAAGAUUCUUCACUCCAGCAUCACCAACUUUUUCAUUAAUUGCAAUUCAUAAAGGUGACAAAUUUACUUCAAAUUUAGUUAAAUUUAAUGGUACUGCAAUUAAAUUAGGAUCAGAUGAUAAAGCAUUUUUCGGAACUAUUGAAGCUGAUAAAGGUUAUAUUUUAAACUUGCCUUUCACCAACAGUUCAAAUUCAUCAUCACCAAUUGAUGUUGUUGUUUCAAAUUCAACUAAAUUAGUUUCAACAACAACUAAAAAUGGAUCAGCAAGUGAACAUUUUGGAAUUACAAAUGGAUGGUUAUCAUUCUUAAAUUCAACUAAUUUCUUAGCUUGUCCAGAAAUUAUUGCUUCAAAUAUAACUAGAAAUUCAUCAGCUUCAAAUCAAACUGGUGAAUAUGAUUUAUAUCAUAACCCAUCAAAUAAAACUAAAUGUCCAAGUGGAAGUGGAGCUGGUUAUGAUGUUAAAUUAUUAGUUCAAUUAUCAAUUCCAAUUUCAUUUUCACCAGAAGAUAAUACUGCUGGAUUUUUUAAAAGAGGUAAUGUUUUUCAAUCAUUAGCUAAAAGAUUAUUUUAA